CCCAAACACCCGCCCAUGUCCCCGGGCCUGUUCUCUUGCACUUCAUUUCUUCAGCGCCAUCACCACUAAAACCGCUAAACCGCAGCAUCGCAUCACCAUCAAUUGACCUCAAAUCCAGCAUAGCACGGUCACAAUUCAACCCCAACCUGACCCACCCGACACAACAGAAUCCUUUCAGCACCAAAACCUCACAACAGCAUCAAUGGCGCGUCCCCCAAAGAACAAGCAGGUUGCCGCUGUGGCCCCCGCGCAAGAGGUUGCGAUUGCAGCCGCAAGCACCUCUGCCACCAUGGCUCCGCAACGCCCGAUUGACGUCGAGGGCUUCAUUCGCGUGCGGGACUCUGUCUACUCGAGGCUCAAGAGCAUCCACAACCUCAUUGGGACCUUUACUCAGGACUACCUUCGCCAGACCAACCUGCUGAUUGGCCUUGGCGAGGGUAUGGAGGACGCCGGCGACCUGAGCGCCCUGAACGGUAUGGGCAUGGAUCUGGCUAACGUCGGCCUGCCCAUCAUGCCAAAUGUCCUGGCCGCCCCUGCACCUAGGCCAGGUGAGGAGGUCAAGAAGGAGCGUAAAAAGAGGCAGCACGACCCUAUGGCUCCCAAGCGCCCUUUGACUCCCUACUUCCUUUACAUGCAGACCGCCCGCCCUAUCAUCGCCGACGACCUCGGGGCUGAUGCGGCCAAGGGUGCCGUCCAAGAGGAGGGCCAGAGACGGUGGUCUACCAUGUCGGCACGUGAGAAGGCUGGAUGGGACCAGGCUUACCAGUUCAACUUGAGGCUCUACAAUGCCCGCGUGCACUCAUACAAGAACGGCAACCAAGGCGCCAAGGAGAUGAGCGACGACGACGCGCUUGCGUACGCCGACAUGAACAACAUCCCCAUGCCCACCGGCAAGGAUGCCGCCGCGGCCGACAUCAGCAAUGACCAGGAGGCCAUCGCCCAGCAGCUCCAGGGCCAGGUCGCCGAGCCGGCCAUCCAAGAGCCCGAAGAGGAGGAGCAGCAGCAGCAGCCAGAGGAGGAGGAGGAGCAGCCCUCGAGCCCUCCCGCCGCCAAGACCCCCAAGAGCACCAAGAAGGGUGCAGUGGGCAAGCGCAAGAGCGCUGCCGCCUCGGAGGUCGCCACACCGGCACCCGAGCCCAAGAAGCGCAAGCGCCAAAGCAAGGCCGCCGAGGAGACACCUGCCCCCGAGCCUGCCAAGAAGUCGAGCCGGGCAAAGAAGAACAAGAGCGCCUAGGAUCCCGCUCGCGGUCUGACCAUCGAUCCUGCUCUUUUGUGAUUUAUAUCGGAAAUGAAUACCUCGAGGAGCGCUGGCUUUUUCUGAUUUUUCUUGUUUGGGUGCACGCGGAUUCCGGCCUGUCCACUGGGGGCUGUGUAUAAGGGCUUGCUGGUUUGUUUAUUUCUCGGGGGUCUUUUUUCUACUAUUAUUCUUCCCUCUUCAACCUGGGGUUCAUGUCUUAUUUUUUUUUGCGGGAUCUCUGCUCUGGGAGACUAAAGAAGCAAGCAGAGUAUGACACAUAAGAAAGGGGUCCCGGGGGUUUCUGGGGG